UAAAUGAACUCUUGAAUGUGGUCCCUCACAGCUUCUUCUCUAUCACUCUCUCUCUCUCUCAGGGGUGUGUUCUCUCUUGCCAUCCAAAACGUACACAUCCAGUCUCUGGGGUUGCGUUCACUCCGCAGCGUCAGUGGAGGUUUGGUUCUGUUGCACAACAAUUCCAAGCUGUGCUACAGCGACUCACUGCCCUGGGACACUCUGCUGCAUCCCACCCAGGGACCGCACCGCAUCGUCAACCACAACCAGGACGCCUCAGUCUGUGAGGCAGAGGGACACGUCUGUCACCCGCUGUGUGAAGGUGGCUGUUGGGGUCCGGGGCCCAGCCAGUGUGUGUCCUGCAAAGCUUUCCAACGAGGCACGGAGUGUGUGGAGCAGUGUGACAUCUACCACGGGUCUGUGCGUGAAUACACGGAAGGAUCGUUGUGUGUGGCCUGUCAUGCAGAGUGUCAGCCUCUCAAUGGCUCCGCCUCCUGUAACGGCCCGGGUGCAGAACACUGCACAGAGUGUCGUAACUUCCAGGACGGGGAGUUGUGUGUGGAUCACUGUCCCAGUGGUGUGAAGGAGGAUCAGCACACUGUGUGGAAGUACAGCAAUGCAACAGGACACUGUCUGCCCUGCAACGCCAACUGCUCACUGUCCUGCACGGUGAUGGAUGACAGAGGCUGUCCCAUCGACAACAGGACAGGGCCGGGGACGACCAUCGCUGCUGCCGUGGGUGGAGUGGUGCUCUUCUUUAUCCUGCUAGCACUGCUGGUGUUUUACCUGAGGAGGCAGAAGAAGCUGAAGAGGAAGAAAACCAUGAGGAGGAUCCUGCAGGAGCAUGAGCUGGUGGAGCCUCUAACACCGAGUGGUGCGUCACCCAAUCAGGCUCAGAUGAGAAUCCUGAAGGAGACGGAGCUGAAAAAACUGCGGGUCUUGGGUGCAGGAGCCUUUGGUACCGUUUACAAGGGAGUGUGGGCUCCUGAUGGAGAGCAUGUGAAGAUACAGGUGGCUAUCAAGGUGUUGAGAGAGAACACAUCGCCCAAGGCCAACAAAGAGAUCCUCGAUGAGGCGUACGUGAUGGCGGGCGUGGCCAGUCCUUAUGUGUGUCGUCUGCUGGGAAUCUGUCUGACCUCCACCGUGCAGCUGGUCACUCAGCUGAUGCCGUACGGCUGCCUGCUGGACUACGUCAGGGAGAACAAGGACCGCAUCGGCUCCCAGUCCCUGCUCAACUGGUGUGUCCAGAUUGCAAAGGGCAUGAGUUAUCUGGAGGAGGUCCGGCUGGUCCACAGAGAUUUAGCAGCUCGUAACGUCCUCGUGAAAAACCCCAACCACGUGAAGAUCACGGACUUCGGCCUAGCCCGCCUGCUCGACAUCGAUGAGACCGAGUAUCACGCCGAUGGAGGGAAAGUGCCAAUUAAAUGGAUGGCUCUGGAGUCCAUUCUGCACAGAAAGUUCACUCAUCAGAGCGACGUGUGGAGCUAUGGCGUGACCGUGUGGGAGCUGAUGACGUUUGGUGCAAAGCCGUACGACAUGAUCCCAGCGAGGGAAAUUCCAGAAGUCUUAGAGGGAGGAGAGCGACUUCCUCAGCCGCUCAUCUGCACCAUCGACGUCUACAUGAUCAUGGUCAAAUGUUGGAUGAUUGAUCCAGAGAGCAGACCCAAGUUCAAAACCCUGGUGAAUGAUUUCAGUGCCAUGGCCAGGGAUCCUCCACGCUACGUGGUCAUUCAGAAUGAUGAGCAGAUGAGCAUGUCCAGCCCUGUGGACAGCCAGUUCUUCCGCACACUAAUGGAAGAGGAAGGGAACAACAUGAGGGAACUGCUGGAUGCUGAGGAGUAUCUGGUUCCUCAGCCAAACCUCUUUCCCAGGACUCAGGGAGAUGGACUUCAGUCCAACGGGCCGUCCAGACACCAGUCAUAUAGAAGCAGAGAUCAGGGCUUAGACGUGGACCCCUCCGUCACAGGUGGCCCUCGGAGCAUGUACUCCUCCCUGAGCACCCUGAGCCGCGGACAGUACCCCACCCUGCCACUAGGAGCCAGCACCUCCAACGGCCUGUGGACUCCCCAGUACCCGACUCUGGCUCGCAGCCCCUCGACCGGUGGUCAGUCUGACACCGUCUUCCUCGACGGAGAUCCCGACGACCCCUCGCUGCCCCCUGCCAGUCCUGGACGCUACUGCAAAGACCCCACGAACCCCGGUGGGAGCCAAGGAGACCUGGAGACAGACGGGCCCAACGGUUUUCAUUAUCCUCCUCACCUUCAUCACUCACUGCCCAGACGGAGUCACGGCUACAUUCACAAUCAUGUGUUGCCAGAGUACGUCAACCAGGAGGUCCAGGACUUCCGACCGGAGCGACCCAGUACGCUGCCUCGCAAAGGCCGAAUAGAGCGACGCCUCCCCAACGGCCUGAGCACCGGGCACAGCGUGGAGAACCCCGGAUACUUGGUCCCUGUGAGCUCCGGAAACUCCACCUCUCCGGCAUUUGACAACCCGUACUAUCUGGACCUUGUGGCCAAAGCUGCGGUCAAUGAGGGGUCUCUGCAGAGGGACGGACAAGUGCCUCGGCAUAUGAACGGGUUUGUGACGACCACAGCAGAAAAUCCAGAGUAUCUGGGACUAGCAGACACCUGGAGUGGACAUACUUGAGGCUGAGGAGAGGGAUUGGGAGUAACCGAUGCACUCAAGAGAAAUCACAUGUGAUAUUCUACUGAGAGAAGGAGAACGGACGGAUGAAUCUUCUGAAGCAGCUGAGGAUGUUUGGCUGAAAUCAUCACAACUCACCAUGAUAUGUAACACUGUCCUCGUCCUCUCUGCUCAGUGUCUCUGUAAAUAAGCCCGUAAGGGUUCAACAUGGUACGACAAGGGGCCAUUGUCAUAUUUCUCUUAAUGUUUCUAAUAUCUGUGUAUAUGUAUAUAUGUAUACAUAUAUA